AUGACUCUUGUGAAAUCUGUGACAUCCAUCGUUUCAAGUCGUUUCUUCCUAGCUGUUUGUUGCCACCAGUACAAUGCAACAGCUAGAGAUAAUUGUUCGUCAAGUCCUGCUGGUCCGGCGUCCUGGCGCUUUGCUCUUCUUUGCAGAUUGAUGAGCGGAAAUUUUCAGGAGGUAGUUUUAAAUGGGGCUGUUGAGAAAAAACAUCUUGUUGAAUCACUUCACAAUAGAGACAAAAUGAGGGCAUGUGCUAUAUUUCUUUUGACAAUAGAUUCCCGCAGCUACGAGUACUGGCUAGUCUUGGGUGCAGAGUAUCAGGAAACCAUGGCAACUGAGUUUAUCUCGAAGGAGUUCAACAGCAUGCUUCCAACGGCAGCCAACUCAAACAUCGAAGCCAGGAUAUCAUGGACCAUCAAGGUAAUGGGCGAGGGGACUGCCAUCAGUCGUGAAAGGAAAUGGGCACUUGGACUUCAUAUCGAUCCACAAAUGGAGGAGAUCGAGGCAAAGGAAGUGACCGUUCGCGAGGUCAUGAAGAUGUCUUCCUCUGAAACCCAAUGGUUUCCAAUGGUGUCCCCGAUAAAAACGCCGUCUUUAAGAAGCUCAGAUCUCGGUUCUGAGAACAAGGUGAUCGAUCUCGAUAAGGACAAGAGAAAUCUAUGUGGAAGUCCCAACUAUGCUGCUCCGGAGGUUAUCUCAGGUAAACUAUAUGCUGAUCCAGAGGUUGAUGUAUGGAGUUGUGGUGUCAUUCUUUAUGCUCUUCUCUGUAACACACUUCCCUUUGAUGAUGAAAACAUCCCUAAUCUGUUUCAGAAAAUAAAGGGUGGGAUAUAUACUCUUCCAAGCCAUUUAUCUGCUCUAGCAAGGGAUUUGAUACCUAGGAUGCUUGUUGUUGACCCUAUGAAGCGAAUGACUCUUCGUGAAAUCUGUGAACAUCCAUGGUUUCAAGCUCGUCUUCUUCGCUAUCUGGUUGUGCCACCACCAGAUACAAUGCAACAAGCUAAGCAGAUUGAUGAGGAAAUUCUUCAGGAGGUAGUUAAAAUGGGUUUUGAGAAAAACCAGUUAGUUGAAUCACUUCACAAUAGAAGACAAAAUGAGGGCACUGUUGCAUACUACUUUCUUUUGGACAAUAGAUUUCCCGCAUACAGUACUGGCUAUCUUGGGGUAGAGUAUCAGGAAACCAUGGAAUCUGGUUUAUCUCGAAUGAGUUCAACAGAUACUCCAACGGCAGCAAUCAAACAUCGUAAGCCAGGAUAUAUGGACCAUCAGGUUGAAGUGAAUGGAAAGGAGACUACUACUCUUUUUAAGUUAUUGAAAUCAAAGAAAGGAGACAACUAUUCUAUCUGGAUGCUCAGUGGUUUUCUUUGAUGUUGUUUCAGAUUCUAUUUUUAUCUUGUGAGAUGUCAUCUGAUUUGAGCUGGCCAUUUUUUUCCAUUUCAGCUAUUUAAAGCAUGAUGCUUAUGCGUGUUCAUGCUCUUUUUUGUAUCAAGGGAAAUAAAUUAAUACCUCACUGAAUUGUAAUUCUA